UGGAUAAACUGUUGGACAGCUUCAGUCAGAGAGAUGUCUGACAUUCCAUCAAAUGAAUGGAAAUGUUCCCUGACCAAAAUACUGCUGGACCAUGAUGACGAACAGUAUGAUUCAGUGCUGGAAUACCUGAACAAAAUCCCAAAAAGUAAGAAGAAUAUAAGGAAUAGAGGAAAAAUGGCUCAAGUAAUCAUCGAGUACUACGGAGAGGAGGAGUCUAUCAUUGAAAUGAGAGAUAUCAUGGAGGAGAUUCCGCGGAGAGAUGCUCCUGUUCAGAAACUGCUGCGUCCGUUUGUGGAGAAACUGGAAGAAAAGGAUAACACAAAGAAGAGGAACAGAACUGACCCAGAGGACCAGCAGGACUCUCCAGCUGGGAAGAAGAAGAAAAUCAAUGGGACCCAAUCAAAGCCCGAGAAGAAGAAACUGAGGUCCUCAGCUGCGUUUGAGAAGAACAACAACAUUGAUUCAGACUCUUCAAAUGAAGAAAGUGAAGUUGAUGAUCCAGAAAGUCCGCAGUCAGAAAAGAGUAUUCAGAUACCAUCAUGGAGGAUCAGCAUCAAGGGCCUGAUUGAUGGUGGAGACACUAAGGGAAAAUGUGUCGGGGGAAAGGUUGUUCAGAAAUCUGGUCUGCGUUCGUAUAAAACCAGUGAAAAGAAGAAGUUCUUCUUCUACCUGGGAGUCGCUGAUGAGACCGACUGCAUCAAAGCCACGGUGUAUGGAAAGGAGCAUUUCCAGAAGUUUCAAGAGGGAUGCUCCUACAAUUUCAGAGACGUCCUCGUCGACAAGUUCGGGGGGGAAAGUAUCAUCAAGUACAUCUUCAGCAGCAAAAUUUCAAAGAUUAAAGAGAUUCAGGUUAGCAAGACUCUGGAGGCCCAGAUGCUGAUUUACAGCCAGAGUCCAGUUUACUCCAUUGACAAGAUCCAGUCCCUUGAGGAAAAGACAGCAGUGAGUGUUGAAGGAACUGUGACCGAGAUUAUCCCAGUAAAAAAAGUAAAAGUGACGGGGAGACGGGCCAAAGUAAAGAUAACCAGGUUCCACCUCAAAGAUGAAACCGGUUCCAUCUGGAUCACGCUGUGGUGCAAGGAUUCUGAGCAGCUGAAAGGAAAGUCUGUUGGAGACUUUGUCAGGGUGAUCAAUACGAAGACACACCGGUACUAUGAGACGGUUUCCCUGAACUCCACUGACUUCACCAGAAUCAUCACGAUCCAAGAAGCUGAUGUCCAGAAUGUCACCAUCCAGGUUGUAGGGAUCAUAGAAUGUAACCAGGAGGAGUCUGAGCUAGACGUGGAGAUCAAUGAACAGGUGCAGACCUGCACAGUGGCCUCUCCUCUCCUGGCUAAAGUUCUUGGUAUCAACCUGAAGGACGACUUUGAGGACAAACUCCUUGAGAAAACACCAAUUUCAGCCGAAGCAGAAAUCAAAGGAAACAAGAUCAUUCAACUUAAAUUUAUUAAAGAAGAGGAGACCAAUUUGGAAUCUGAAUAACUGCUUUUUGCGUUAUAAACCUAAUCAGAGAGCAUUUUUUAAACUCAUGUAGUUUAAUUUAUUAUUAUCUUGUGUUGCCUCUUUCUUACUCGAAACAUUUGAAUGAGUUUUUAUAUAUUUAUAUUAUGUUUAUAUAAUUCUGCCAUUUCAUUCUAUGAGCUUGAAAUUCUCAACAAUCUCAGCAGCUGAGAGGACGUUUUUGGUUAUUAUGAAAUCCAAUGUUCUGGAAAAAUCCUGUUGGAAUUAAAAUGCACUGAAGUCUUAUUAGAGAUUUUGUAUUUAUUCUGUUCUUUCAUGUAAUGCCUCAGUUCACUAAGGCCAAAACACUGUCAGUUUAGGGUUCUUUUAGAAUGAGCCAACAGAGCCCUGUGUUUGCAGCUUCUCUUGAGGUCUGUAGCUUUAACCAUAUCUGUAUUGCUCUAAACUGUACAAUACCCAGCUGUUAAGAAGGUUUGGUGGCUUGUCAAACCUGUUAAGAAACUGGUUCAGAUCGUUAACCCACUUCAAGUCUCCAUCAGCCUGGGUGUUCUGAGUUUGGCCUGAGAUUGUCUUCAUGCUUUUCCAGAUCCCUCUAAUGUUGUUCUGCUGCAGUUGAACCUCCAUCUUCUUCUCGUAGAUGUUCAAACUCUCACCUCGAGCUCUCAACUCGAAUAAUCUGGCACUGAUGGCUGGGGCCAAAACAGUUUAAGUAGAAACUAGAACAUGUGGAUCUGAUGAAAGGUAAUAAAAACUCAGCAGAGCUAGGCAGGUAGAUGGACUGAACCAAUAAUCCAGUCUUCAGUGCCAAGAUCACGACAGUUUCAUGUACUUUUCAUAGACAACUAUGAGAUAUAUGACACUAAAAUGAGACCUGGCAAAGGAUGUAUUUUCACAACUUUGUUUUUUUCACACUGUUCCUAUCUGGAAAAAGAGGUGGAUCUUAUCGGGAAGAAAAUCCUUGCUUAGCAGUGACUGGGUUGAGAGAGGUGUUUAGUCGAUUAAUCUAAUGGAUCUUUUUCUUUUUUACAAUGAUUUUGUUUAGGAUUUUCAUGUAAAUUAUAUCAAACAAGAACACUCAAUGGUGGUAAAAGUCAUUCCAAAAGGCAUGGUUAUGGUUGUUUUAUGACAAAACACCUAUUUUCAUUUCCUUGUCUAUACAUGGUAUUCAUUUUUAUCACAAUAAAAUUAUUAACAAUGUUAUACAUGGUGCCCUUACAUCGAAGCUUUUCCUUUACACUUAAAAAAGGAUACAUUUAUUAAAAGACUACCCAAAAUAGAUAGUUCUUAGGAUAAGGACUGGCUACUUCUGUUAUGGUUCUCCCCUUUUGGGACUCUGAGCCUUUAGUUUUCAGUUAUUCUGCUUUGUUGAUAUGUGGUUUAUUUUCCGUUAUAUUCAAACAGUCUUU